CACCUAAUCCAGGAAGUAGCCAGGUAUAAAAUUAGCCACUGAUUUGGUGGUUAGUCCUCAAUAUAAAGGAGUCUUGAAAAGAAGCGGAAUGAAGACAAGCUUUAUCGCAACAUGGUGUCUGCUGUUACGACUAUGGGCUGCAUGAAGUCGGCUGCAGUGACUCUUCUUCUGUUGUCUUUUCUUCUGAACGUAGCUGAUUCUUAUCCCAAGUUCGACUCUUCAAGGAUGGGCUGUGGAAAAUGCAGCCUGGUCCUGAACGACUUUCUUUCAAAGGACCAUGCACAGAUCUACCAGUGCAAGGGCUGCUGCUUCUCCCGGGCGUACCCGACGCCGCAGAUGAAAAUGCAGACGAUGUCGGUCCCCAAGAACAUCACCUCAGAGGCAUCGUGCUGCGUUGCAAAGCACAGCUACGAGAUGAUGCAAGGCACCAUCCCAGUGAGAAACCACACAGAGUGUCACUGCAGCACCUGCUAUUAUCAUAAGUUGAUAUGAAACGUGGAAACCUGCAGGCUGUCUCUUUUGAAAUGCACAAGCUGCUCUCUGUUUGGAAGCAGGUGUUGUUUAUGUUAGCGUUUCUGUGUUUGUGAUGUGUAACUAGCCAUCCUGUUUGGAUUGAUAACUGUGUACCAAUAACUGAGGACCUGAAGUUAAUUAAAAAAGUGCACCAAGAGGUCAUCAUGAAA